CAUUAUUACAGCUCGUCCCGGCUCCCUCCGCUUCCCCUGCUGUCCGGCUUGAGGACGGAGAAACCUUCCGACCGAAAGCACUAGAUUGUCGUGGAUGGUAGAUUCUCUUACUUUCAGACUGCCUGUGUUUUGAUUUUUCUAGUACCCUGCAAGCUCUUGACACCGUCUCUUUCCUCUCGUUCCUCUGUCCGGAGACUGAGAGAAAUGGCAGAGAAGCGGCGGUCCCCCUGCGCGCUGAGUGUCAAGGCUCAUGCAUUCUCGGUAGAAGCGUUGAUCGGAGCAGAAAAGAGACGUAAGACGGCCGGAGAAGAUGCUGUGUCCUACGAGGAAGGGAUUGAUGUCUCUGAUCUAUCCGGCAGCCCGGGACCGCGGACCGACAGAGCGUGCGCCAGCGACCGGGGCAGCGAGGCUGAAUGUGGAAGUGACGGAUCCCCGGAGAGCGAGGAGGCGCUGCUGGAGAGCCUGCAGCCCACAGCUCUGUGCACGGCCUCGUCAACCGGCACCGAAGAGGAGGCCCGCGUGGACCUGCAGGGUUCAGACCUGUGGAAACGGUUCCACGAGAUUGGCACGGAAAUGAUUAUCACCAAGGCUGGACGGCGGAUGUUCCCCGCUAUGCGUGUGAAGAUCACGGGCUUGGACCCACACCAGCAGUAUUACAUUGCCAUGGAUAUAAUCCCCGUGGACAACAAACGAUAUAGGUACGUGUACCACAGCUCAAAGUGGAUGGUAGCGGGGAAUGCAGACUCCCCUGUUCCGCCCAGAGUGUACAUCCAUCCGGACUCCCCGGCCUCAGGAGAGACAUGGAUGCGUCAGGUGGUCAGCUUCGACAAACUUAAACUGACCAACAACGAACUAGAUGACCAGGGACACAUAAUUCUGCACUCCAUGCACAAGUACCAGCCACGGGUCCAUGUAAUCCGUAAGGAGUGUGGAGAGGAGUUAUCCCCAGUGAGAGCCAUCCCUGCUGGCGAAGGCACGCAUACCUUCUCCUUCCCUGAGACUGUGUUCACCACUGUCACAGCAUAUCAGAAUCAACAGAUUACAAGGCUGAAAAUUGACAGAAACCCAUUUGCCAAAGGCUUCAGAGACUCUGGCAGAAAUCGGAUGGGUCUGGAAGCUUUGGUUGAGUCUUAUGCAUUCUGGCGUCCAUCUCUGCGAACUCUCACAUUUGAAGACAUCCCUGGCAUGGCCAAGCAAGGAGUUCCAGGAGCUCAUGGAGGGGUUGGAGCAUCAACUCACCUGCUCUCCACAUCCCCAUGCUCCUCACCUUUCCAGGUUUGCCCUCUCAGCCCACCUGAUUACACCUGCAGUCGAUCUACACACCCCCUCCAUCGUUACAGCAACCCCCCAGAGCCAUUCCCCCCUCCAAGAGGUCCAUCAGCAUAUGAAGGGGAAGGAUUCUGUUCCCUGCCUCUCCCUGCUUCUCAACUUAGUUAUCUAUCCAACCCCACCCCACAGGGUUACGCCAGUCUUCGCCUCCACACACCUCCAUACAGCCUGUACGGUUACACAUUCCCACCCUCACCACGCCUUGCUGCCAGCCCUGAUAAAAUGGCCGCUGCUGCCACUGCCAAUCAUCAGAGUCCCUUCCUUGGCUCGUCUCCUAGUGGGACUCUAACGGACAGUCUUGGUGUGCUCAGUGGAGGACAGCAGGGCUUCUUGUUUGACUCUCGGACUUUAGGACUUGCAGGUACCCAGCCGGGAGGUGGGGCCUCACAGGUCACUGCCCACAUGGGCUGAGUUUGAGUCUGGACAUCUAGGGUUGUCACAAACACAAAAUGACACCCUGGAAUGGGUGUAAGUUGCUUUGGGUUCAUAAAGUUCUACAGAUUAAUCAUCCAUGUGCUGAACAAGCAUUGAGCUGAACUGUGGAUAAACAGAGAAGAGUGACAGACCAAGCCAGUGCUACUCUGAGCAUAUGAGCUUGUCCAAGCUCCUUUAACUGAGGGGAAUAUUUCUUAUCUUUCAAGCAUGUUUUCUAUAACAUGCAUGUGCAGCUGCAGUGGUCACUAAAGGAAGGAAUUUCCUGCAGCUUUGAUUAAGGAGUCCAAGCAAUGCAACCCAGUGACUGAACUGGAACCGAAUAUGGAUUGGGCAGACACAGGGCUGGCCCAGGCACUCAUAGCAAGCACUUGAACCCCUGGAAGGGGGCCCUGAAGCAGUGAUUAUUAUACUCACACAGCAUUCUGCAUGGCCUCUAUGAUCUUGCCUACUUUGAAUGGAGUUACUGAACACUAUUUUUAAACUUUCUUUUUAAAGGAUAAAUUGACUAAAUUCCUUGUGUCAAUUAAAUUCCUUCUCAUUACAUGCCUGGUGGUGUUCUCAAUCAAGUCUUUGGAAUAACAAAUAUGCAGCUGAAGUCCCCUUAGUAAUAUGCACUACAGGCAGGGCCUUUUCGCCACUCAGACUGAAAAAAAACAAAAACAAACAAACAAACAAAAAACUUUUAAACACUACACCAGGAACCUGUCACAUACUAACAUGAUGACAUCAUGGCCAUAAGAAACCAAGGGAGAUAUCCCGGCGACACUUAUGGACUGACGAGGUUAAAGCUGUGGGAGAGUGAUGGAUGACAAACUGAUUUACAUAUUCUAUGUCUAGUUUGACACAUGCUUACUUGAUCCAGCUGUUUGGAUGUCAGGCUGAAGAAUGUCUUUCCUUGUGUGACACAGAUGUAACUGUACAUGAUGGCUCUGUAUAUAGCGGGGGGAAGGCAGGCGGGAGGAGAGAUGUGUAUAUAAAGGGCUGUGUGACCCUUCGCACUUAAAAACCCCAAGGCACCUGCUUCUGCUCUUUAGACUGGGUAAGGUACGCAGCAGCCAACCCUGAACUUGACCGAAAAGCUUUUCUUUGCAAACAUGCGCUAUAUCAGCAAGCCCUUUGGUGAGGAUAUUAACAUGUUCUUUGACUUU